AUGACGUUCACGAACCCGGACACAGUGACCGCGACGCUCGACUACUUCACGCCCCCCGCAGACGGCUCGAAGCCAUACAACUACAUCACUUGGACGCCGUCGAUGGGCGUCCCGCGCGCGAACUGGGAGCGCGUCCCGCACGAGGUCCAGAUCGAGAACCUCCGCGGCGGGAAGGAGGGCUCCGUCUCGCUCGACACGACUGGGUUCCUGUACGGCCGAGGCGCGGCCGCGCACAAGACGUUCGAGAACGACGAGAUCGUCGAAAAGGAGUAUUACCCCGAGUCCAUCGAGCUCGUCAAGAAGCUCACGGGCGCAUCGCGCAUCAUCCCCUUCGACCACACAAUCCGCCGCCGCCGCCCCGAAGAGACUGAGGACACCCCGCAGAAACGCCAACCCGUGCCCCUCGUACACAUCGACCAGACCCCCGAGUCUGCGCGUGCGCGCGUAGAGCGCCACCUCCCCGCGGAGGACGUGCCCAAGCUGCUCGCGGGGCGCUUCCAGAUCAUCAACCUCUGGCGGCCGAUCGGGCACCCCGCGUACGACUGGCCGCUCGCGCUGUGCGACUGGCGCAGCGUCGACCGCACGGGCGACCUCGUCGCGUCCACGCUGCGCUACCCGGACCGCGACGGGGAGACGUUUGGCGUGAAGUUCAACCCGAACCACAGGUGGAAGUACCUGCGUGGGAUGACCUCAGAGGAGUUUGUGCUCAUCAAGUGCUUCGACACGAAGGACGAUGGCGAGACCGCGACCUUCACUCCGCACACUGCGUUCCAGGACCCGACGACGCCCAAGGACGCACCGCUGCGCGAAUCCAUUGAGCUCCGUCUCUUGGUGUUCUACGACUGAGAGCGCUGCGAGUUUGAAGGAUUGUCACGAUUAUCAUGCCCACCACGCUUUCCUGUAACAUACCUACUGUACACCCCGCCCCCGUCGUUGUGAUCGCUUU